GAAGGGUUGACAUAGAUCAAGGCCUUGGGCAGAUUCCCUGCGCACAGCUCAUGGGACUCUGGGAGAUGCCCCUGGGGUAAGGUCAGGAGAAAUAAAAGGGAAGGACCCUCAGACACCAGCACAGCACAGCGGGAGCAGAGACCAUGGAGUCCUCCUCUCUACUUCUCUGCAAAGGGCUCCUGCUCACAGCCUCACUUUUAACCUUCUGGGACUCGCCUGCUGCAGCACUGCUGACAACCAAAGAAAUGCGGUUCUCAGCCGCCGAGGGGGCGAAGGUUCUUCUCCAUGUCCCUGACCAGGAAGAGGACCUCGUCUCCUUUUCCUGGUACAAAGGGAAAGAUGUAAAUGAAAAUCUCACAAUUGCACAUUACGAAAAGUCCAGCGACUCACUCCAAAUUGGAAAGAAAGUCAGCGGCAGGGAAGAAAUCUAUAAGGAUAGCUCCAUGAUGCUCUGGGCUAUCACCCAGAAGGACACGGGAUUCUACACUUUACAGACCUUUAAAGCACAUGAUCAACAGGAAAUAACAUACGUCCAUCUCCAAGUAUACAAGAUUGUGACGAAGCCCUACCUGAAGCUCAACCACACUAGGGUGAAAAGGAAGAGUGCCUCAAUUUUCACCUGCGUGUCGCCUGACACUGGAGUGGACAUCAGCUGGUUCUUUAAUUACAAGCCCCUGAACGUCACGGAGAGAGUCACACUGUCAGCUGAAAAUCGCAGGCUCACCAUAUCUCCUGUCUGGAAGGCGGAUGCAGGGAUCUAUCAGUGCGAAGUCUCCAACUCCUUUAGUUCUAAGAAGACUAAUCCACUGCUCAUGGUCUUGGCUUAUGGCUAAUAUCUCCUCUCUUCCUACACCAGAGCUUUGCUGUUUUUCUAUCACUAGUGUGCACGGCUUAUGAAAGUUAUGAGGAGAAAAUUAUCACUGCACACAAGAGAGACAGUCAGUGUGGUGACACACACCUGUAACCCCCAAA